AACAAGGAGACGUUCGAUGAAAAGACUAGGCUCGCGAAGGAACGUAGUGACAUGUCACGGCAGAUGACACGCAGCUGGAAGAUGGGCGAUGUUUAUGCGCCGCACGACAUAAGUCAUGUCGAGAUGCUCAAGUGGAGGCAGCCCAAGAGGCCGACCAAGGACAUUCUGGACAUUCUGGGCUUGAAUCCCCUGGAUCACUAUAAGAAUUUCGCAAUGAUGUCUGAGUUUAUGACCGAGAUGGGACGGAUCAAGCACUCGAAAGAGACCGGGCUCCGGCCCGUCAACCAGAGGAAGAUGGCCAAAGCCAUCAGGAGGGCGAUCGGGAUGGGCAUACACCCCAGUACACACAGACAUCCGGAGAUUCUCUUCGGCCAGUCAAGGGCCGGCCCAAGAUAUCAGAACAGCAGGAUGCCCGAGCCCACCCAGAACAAGAUCAAGGUGAAAUAG